AUGGUUCAGGUGUUGAAAAUGUCGGACGACAGAGAAGCUUGUUGGCGGCAAAUCUUCCGAGAGGAAGAAAGGAUGGUCAACCAAACCAAGCACAGGCUAACCCUUCGAGCAACACCUCGCCUCCCAAAUGCCUUAUUGACGGAAUUGCCCCUCCUCCGUGGCUUUGUCCUCCCUCCUCCUCCGACCCCAAUAUGGAUUACAUCAAAUGGUCAUGACAAGUAUCUCAGAAUGGCUUCAGUGAAAAGGGAAUUUCAGUUGCACGGCCCUGAACUAGCUCACACACAUAUCUUAUUGAACAAACAAGAGCUGAUUUCAGGAGUUCCACUCCCUCGCGCACAGCCUGUGAUCCAUUUUACCGGUAGCCAUUGCCCUGUGUUUGACAAGCCAUGCAGGAGAGGAGGUUUGAUUUUGCCACACUGCCGUGUAAGUAAUCCUGGGUGUGCCUCCAAUGGCGUUCCUCAAGACCAGAGAGAAGAGGAUCCUAGUGUUACAUCUCCAGAAGAUCAGAAGGAUGCAAGGAUCUCAGACAUUUACCACGAUCCAGCUCUAUACCGGCUAGAGUGCCUCAUUAAUAACGCUCAUUGUUCCUCUGAUGGUGUUCCUCAAGAUCAGAGAGAAGAGGAUCCGAGUGUUACAUCUCCAGAAGAUCAGAGGGGUGCAAGAAUGUCAGACAUUUACCAUGACCCAGCUCUAUCACCAGCUAGAGGUGCAGGAGAUGAGGUUACAAUUUUGCCACAGUGCCCCAUUAGUAAUGCAGGAGAUUCCUCCAAUGGUGUUCCUCAAGAUCAGAAAGAAGAGGAUCCAAGUGUUACUUCUCCUGAAGGUCAGGGGGAUGCAAAAACCUCAAAUAUUUAUCAUGACCCAGCUCUAUCACUGGCUAGAGUAAAGAACAACGUUAAUGGUUGUGCUGGUGGGAUUAUUGGGUGUGCGAUAUCUUUCCUACAAUCUGACCAUGUUGAUGAAAUGAACUUAGUCAAGCCUCCUGAUACAUGUGAUAAUCUAGAGUUAAGUGCAGUAAAUGGGGGAAAAACAUUCAAAAUAGCAAAAGGUGCCAGCUCCAACAUGUCUGGUCAAAGAAUUGUAGCAAAAGAUACCAGCAGCAACAUAUCGGGUCAAAGAAUUAAACAAGUCAAUGUCUGCGCAUCGAACAAGUCUCAUGAUGCACAGAGAACUCAAAUAUCUACUGGAAGACAAGGAAAUGUUGCAGAUCACUACGCUGGUAGAAAUACAUGCACAGAAAUUAAUAGUGGGACAGAAGAAAUGUCAAAACCUGUCAAUUCCCAGGUUUUGGGUCACAGGGGUACACAGUCCAGAUCUGCUGCUUCAAACAAGCAUUUACCAGAAAACCUGACUCAUGGGCUUCCAGGAAUCAGGCAUCAGGAUGUGUUCAGUACUAUGGUACAAGAGGUACCUUGUAUACAAACCAGUGAAUGUGUUGAAGCUGCAAGUGUUGGAAAAACUGAAAUUGAUCCUGAUGGAUGUAUUGAAGCUAAUCCUAUUCGUUCUGGAUCUAACUUGGACGGUAAUGGGCUUAGAGUUGGAGGAGAAGUUCUACACUCAAGGCAGCCUGCUGAUUAUGCUUUUGUGAAUCCCAAGCAACUUAAUUUUGAUGACGUGGAAGAGUCCUGUUUGAAUGGAAUUUCUACUCCUGAUCUUAAGAAGGGAAUGCAGGGCAGGUCGUCAGAAAAAAGUUAUAUUUCCUUGAUGCAUGCUGAAGAUAUACUGGCUGAAGGAAUAACUGUCAAUUACCAUGACAAUUGUAACACAUCACUGGAGAUGAGUUUUCUGGGGGAUCGGGAAGUUUCCGUCGGAGGAAAGGAGCUCCAGAGUAGUUUAUCCGGAGCCCCAGAAGAGCAGUUGCAUAAAUCUGGAAGAACCUCAAAUGAAAAUGCUGCCUCAUCAGUAAAAGAGAUAUCCAAUGCUCAUAAGGAUGGAGUUGCUAAUACUUUGCUAGAAAGUGGCAAAGUUCAGAAAUCCUUUUUGAUAGAUAAUCCAACUGGCUUGCAAGUAGCCCAGGAAAGUUUGGUUGAAAGCCAGUCUAAUGUUAAUUCUGCAAAACCAACUGAAUUGGUCACAGAAGAGAGUGCACUGGAUUCUCUUGCCGUUGGUAAUCCUACAGUAUCAACGGAUUCUGAUUUUACAAUUGUGUCCGAACUUGGUUCUUUAGAAUCCCGGAUGCAAAGAAUCUUGCAGUUGAGAAUCCUUGUGCUGCUUCCACGGAUGAGAUGA